CUUUCCCCGUUGAACACAUCUUUCAACAACAUCAUUCUGUCAGAUGAUAACGUGGCGGGUCCGGCUUUAUACCGACAACGGAACCGCGAUCUUCUUCUUUUACAGAUGUGGCCUCCCUUGUUGAGAGCACACAAACAUAUUCUUCCACCACUCAAUCUGUGAUCGAUGAUUACACUCUCUUUCAACACACAAGCGAUUAUGUCGAACAAAUUUCACAAAUACCGCAAUGGUCAUCGUCUGUGCAGAGCGACGCAGCUAGUAAUCUUAUGGGAACUUCAUUUGAUCCUUCAUUUGAUCCUCAUGUACUGAAUUCCUCAUUUGACGAAACUCAGUGGAAUAUGAACCAGGCUGUCUAUUCGCCGCCUAUAGGUCCACCCCCAUCUCAUUCUCACGGAAGAAGUCUCUCGACUCAUCUCACUGUUCCUUCUUCUCUUCAACGACGGGAUGCACACCGAAGAAGUCAUAGUCACACUGGCAUCCAACAGGAUAGUAUCCGAGGUCGAAAGCGCUUUAGUCCGACUGGUGAUUUCUCGAGCCGACACUCUUCUCAAUCUCGCGAACCGUCUCCAACGUCGCCGUAUCAGCAACUUGAUUUUACUCAUGCCCCUUAUCUUAACUUUGGUCCAACAGUGCAGACACAGUUAAAUAACAGUGAUUCGUUGACAAUGUUACCUUCGACUAGCUCGCCUCAAUCAGACUUUCUGUCACCAACCUCAACUUCAUCUAACUCCCCACAGUCUCCUUCGAGCCACGUUGAUUUCUUCUCAGCUACCACUUCCCCUCACUCUCUUGUCGGUGCGGUCGACCCUUUCUUUUCACCUGGCAUAUCAUCCAGCAGCGGAUCGUCUCAACUUUCACUACCAAUCACUAUACAAGGUCACGACUCAGAGCCCGAAUUGAUACCUGUUCAAUACAGCGGCGGUGUUGCGCGGAGGCACAGCUUCGCCGGAAGUCGCAGCCCCAGUGGUAGCCGCAGUGCUUCUCCACUACCUGAAUCAUCGUCAAAUGCUUCUGACCGUCUGCACCGUGCCAUUAGUGAUCCGAUUGGUCAAAAUCGUCGUAGACGCGCACCUACUGUUCCUCGAAAAUACCCAGGCUUGUUGAAGCCUGCCAAGGAGGUGGAUGAAGCAGGACCAUCAUAUCCGGAUAGCUCAAUGAUGAUAAACGUUCCCAUAGAAGGAGUUCACUCUGCCCCUGCUCCCGCAGAGUUUAAAACGGUAGUGGGCUCCAACAAGAUUGUGGAGGCGAGCAAGGCGCGCCGGAAGAAUGAGGCCAAGUUCAAAUGUGAUAUAUGCAACCACCGUUUUACUGCGAAGCACAAUCUCCAGAAUCAUAUGAAUUCUCAUUCGAACAGGCGUCCACAUGAAUGUCAGAAGUGUGGAAAUACCUUCACUACUAGAGGAACUCAUGCUCGACAUGAAACCAUUUGCGCUGGUCGGGCAGUUCGCAAACGGUUAUAGAGAAUCAAAAUCUACUCUAUUUUCUGGUCCCUCAGCACAUUUUUAAUGUCGAUCUCCAUACUUGCCUUAUUCAACAGCUGAUAAUUGAAUUAUACGUUCUUUAUAGUUUUA